CGUCGUAACUCAUGGUCAGAGUCACACUUUUUUUUCCCUCCUUUCUCUCUCCUCUCUCAUAACAUAACCACAAUGAUGAACAAACCAUUCCUCUGCUUGCACGUCCUCUUUGCCUUUCUCGCCGUCGCCGGAGCCUCCUCCGUCGACGGCGCUGAGCUCGACUACUCCAAGCUCUCCGGCGUUAUAAUCCCAGGCUUCGCAUCUACCCAGCUCCGAGCAUGGUCUAUUCUCGACUGUCCUUACUCCCCGCUCGAUUUCAACCCUCUCGAUUUGGUUUGGCUUGACACCACGAAACUUCUUUCUGCUGUCAAUUGCUGGCUUAAGUGCAUGAUGCUGGAGCCUUACAACCAGACAGAUCACCCUGAUUGCAAGUCCCGUCCUGAUAGUGGUCUUUCCGGUAUUACAGAACUUGAUCCAGGUUAUAUAACAGGUCCUCUUUCGUCAGUGUGGAAAGAAUGGAUUAAGUGGUGUAUUGAAUUUGGCAUAGAAGCUAAUGCAAUAAUUGCUGUUCCUUAUGAUUGGAGAUUGUCACCAUCCAUGCUUGAAGAGCGGGACCUUUACUUUCAUAAGCUAAAAUUGACAUUUGAAACUGCUUUCAAACUUCGUGGUGGCCCCUCUUUAGUUUUUGCCCAUUCACUGGGUAAUAAUGUUUUUCGAUAUUUCUUGGAGUGGUUGAAGCUAGAGAUUGCCCCAAAACAUUAUAUCCAAUGGCUGGAUCAACAUAUUCAUGCCUUUUUUGCCGUUGGAGCUCCCCUUCUUGGUGCAACUGAAACCAUUGAAGCAACACUUUCUGGAUUCACAUUUGGUCUUCCUAUUUCUGAGGGAACAGCUCGAUUGAUGUUCAACUCCUUUUCUUCAUCAUUAUGGAUGAUGCCUUUUUCCAAGUACUGUAGAACAGACAAUAAAUAUUGGAAGCAUUUUUCUGGGGGAAGGCAUGUAGGUCAUCAUCAUACAUAUCACUGUGAUGAGCAGGAGUUUCAGUCAAACUUCUCUGGAUGGCCAACAAAGAUAAUCAACAUUGAGAUUCCUUCAACUCGGGGAUUUGAUGCAUAUCCUUCGUUUUCCGAAAUACCUCAGGCCAACUUGUCCAACAUGGAAUGUGGACUACCUACUCAAUUAUCUUUCUCCGCUCGUGAAAUAGCAGAUGGCUCCUUUUUCAAGGCAAUUGAAGAUUUUGACCCAGACAGCAAGAGGCUAUUGUACCAGUUAGAGAAAUCAUAUCUUGGUGAUCCUGUUCUUAAUCCACUUACGCCUUGGGAACGGCCACCAAUAAAAAAUGUCUUCUGCAUUUAUGGCACUGAUUCAAAGACUAAGGUUGGUUAUUACUUUGCCCCUAGCGGCAAGCCUUACCCUGAUAACUGGAUCAUUACGGAUGUCAUUUAUGAGUUUGAAGGAUCUCUAAUCUCAAGGUCAGGGAAUCUGGCUGAAGGGAACCCUGGAGCCACAAGUGGCGAUGAGACGGUACCAUACCAGUCCCUUUCCUGGUGCAAGAAUUGGCUUGGACCAAAGGUGAACAUAACAAGAGCUCCUCAGUCAGAGCAUGAUGGUUCAGAUGUACAGAUUAAAUUGAACGUUGAACAUCACCAUGGAGAAGAUGUUGUUUCAAACAUGACAAAAUCACCUAGGGUUAAGUACAUAACAUACUAUGAAGAUUCUGAAAGUCUUCCUGGAAAGAGGACAGCAGUUUGGGAGCUUGAUAAAGCAAAUCACAGGAACAUCGUUAGAUCACCAGUGCUAAUGAGGGAGUUAUGGCUUGAGAUGUGGCAUGAUAUCCAUCCUGAUGCAAAAUCAGAAUUUGUCACAAAAGCUAAGCGAGGACCUUUAAGAGAUGAUGACUGUUAUUGGGAUUAUGGGAAAGCUCGCUGUGCAUGGCCAGAAUAUUGUGAAUAUAGGUUAUUUUCUUUCUCCCCAAUUCAAGGUAUGUUUUUGGUGAUGUUCACCUGGGACAAAGCUGCAGGUUGAGAUAUAAUUCAGCUGAUUUGUCGUUGCAUUAUUUGUAAAUAAGAAGGUGCUGGUGGGAUCACCGCUUAGCAAUUUAUACUACUGGAUGACUCCCUCAAUCUGAAUAUCAGAAUCCCUCCUGCGUCUAACAAUGAUUUUUGGAGUUUGGUCAUUCUUCAGCAUUCUAGACUUGUGGCCUGUGGGGCCACUGUGUACAAGCAAAUUCUUUGUUUGCUUGUUUGGAACUUCUACUCAACCUAUUAGCUCGUAUUUUAUCCACUUCACAAUUUACACGGUAUAUCUUGGCCAGAUCUUUGUCAAUAUUGUACUCUACUAUUACUAGCAACGGGAACCUCAUUUUGAUAUACUACUCGGGGCAUCUGAUAUACAUCUUCAUAUGCUCAGAAAAGUUACCAGUUCCUACUUUGUCAUCCCUGAGAAAUAACAGGCCAGAGUUAUGCCGGAUCUGUACAUCUAUAUUGGUGUCAAUUGGUUGACAGUUUUCUUAUUAUAGGAAACAUACAGGAUAUAAUGAUACGCGUAAUCCAUUUUUUGAAGAAGUUGACGUGGGAAGUGAGAGUACGUAUAGACGACAGUAGUGAAGCUGAAAACUUUGUUCUCUGCUUUCAUAACACACAUUUUUUCACUACAAAUUAUUCUACCACUACUUUUCACUUUGCUUUAGAAUUACACCAUAAACAUAUGCUGAAACUUAGGCUUUGUCUAAGAUGUAUAAUUUGAAGAUUGAUAAUCAUGUCUUAUAUUGUUCGCUUUGAUGUUAUACGCCCUUUCACAGG